AUGGCUGAGGAGAAUACUCCACAAGCUGAUGAGAAGUGUUGUUUGGAUGAUGCCAAACCAAUGGAGACCAUUGAAGACCCUUACGUGGUAACAAUGCCUCUAAUGGAUGAGAAAGUUCAAAGAGAUGAUGUUCUUCUUCCUCCAGCUGCAGGAUCCAACGGUAUUGUGAAUCCGAGACGGUAUUCAACAGGAGUGUUAGAUAAACGAGGAGCAGGUAAAGCUCAGAUUCAAACCCGUUACCGUGGGAACCAAAUGAGUUCGACUCAUGAUCUAUGCAAACACGGGAAGAGGCGUGAGGAUGAUGUGGUGGUCAAACCGUGGAAGUUGGUGAAGAAAAAGAAUGUUGAAGGUGGAGAUUUGGUGAAAGGUGAGACUUUGGGUGUGAUGAGGAAGUCGUUUGGAAAUGUUUCUAAACACGAGGAGAAGUCAUUGCAGGUUGCAAAGAGAGAUGCUGCUGCUGUUAGCGAGAUUGUCAAAUCUUGUGAUGGUUUUCCCGCUAAGAGAAGUGUAACCAAGAGUACUAUUACUCCGAGUGAUUCAGCUGGUGUACUAAGAAUGGUCAAGAAGACAGAACUUGAUGUUAAGAAGGUUUCAAGGAUCAGCGAGAGCAAGAGUUCUAAAGAGGAUCUUUUGAAACAUCUGAAGAGCAAAGAGAAGAAGACGAAGAUGGAUGAGCCGGUUAAAUGUGAAGAUGCAUCGGAGAAGAGGGUUUCAAGGAUCAGCGAGAACAAGAGUCCUAAAGAGGGUCUUUUGAAGAGUAUGAAGGUCAAAGAGAAGACGACGGAGAUUGAUGAACCGGUUUUAUGUGAAGAUGUAUCGGAGAAGACUCUGUGUGUUGCUGCAUCUAGUACUGAGGAGAAGAAGAUGAAGAAGAAGAAGAGCAUCAAAAGUGUUAAGAGUGAGAUUCAGCAAUCUUCUGAGAAGAACAUCUUAAGAGGCAGCGGAAAGAAAAGUCUUACACUUUUACCAUCUUUGUCCCCAUCCUCGGAGGAGGUUAAAGAAUCGCGUGUUACGAGAUCAGAUCCUAGCCCAAUAAGGCAGACGACUUCCAGGUCCAAGACUGGUUUGUAUGAGAAGAAAGAGAUUCCCUCUGCGACUCUUGUAGCUAUAUCAAAAACCGAAAGCAAGAUUAGGCCGAAGAAGAUUGGUUUAAAGGUUACUCCUCCUCCAGGUCCUCCAACGAAGCCGCUGAGUUUCAAGAAAGGGAAAGUUCUUGAACCAAAACCAGAAGGUUCGACUCCAACAUUGCUAAAAUUCAAGAAGAGAGUUGUUCAGGAACCAAAACUCAAAAGCGAUGGGAACAAGAAGAAGAAGAAUCUGAAAGAUAAACGAGAAGGCGUUGGGAAGAUGAGUAAUAACAACGGAGAAGGUAAACGAGAGAAAGUUGUUCUGAGGCAUAGAAAAGUGGAAGCAAAGAAGAAACUGCAGACACUUUUCAACAAUGUGAUUGAAGAGACUGUGAAUAAGCUUGAAGAAGUGAGGAAGAGCAAGGUUAAAGCAUUGGUGGGUGCUUUUGAAACUGUGAUCUCUCUUCAAGAUAAUGACAGAGCAUCUCAGAAUAAGAAGAUUCAGGGCAAAUCCGCAUCUUCACCAGUCGUUGAAGGCUAG